GCAAGCAAGCAUUACCCGUCAAGCUCCUGCCAGGUUUGAGUGUCUCCUCUGCGUGAUUCAUCCUCGAAGUAGACAUGGCUCAAGCAGUAGGUUCAGGUUCUUACGACCCAAAACAGAAGCAGCAGUACCCGUACAAGCAGACCCAGCAGCAGCAGUACCCGUACGACCAGACCCAGCAGCAGCAGCAUUACCCGUACGACCAGACCCGGCAGCAGCAGUGCUCGUACGACCAGACCCAGCAGCAGCAGUACUCGUACAACCCGAACCAACAGCUGCAGUACCCGCACGACCCGAACUACUAUUCGAACUACUACCCGCAGGAAGAGGCACCCUUCGCUAUGGGCUACGAUCAGCCGGGCCACUCUGAUGCGACAGAGGGAAUCCUGUGA